UACUGCGACUAAAUUGGUUUGCACCUCUUAUCGUUUGAUGUCACAUCAGGUAUUAUUUGGUCGCAUCCUUUAUACAGCUGCACAGAUCAGACAGUGACAACAACUGACGCACUCUAGCUAGCUUGGACUGUCUCAAACCAAAAUGGGAAGCAGUUCAUCCAAAAGUAGUCGUAGCAGUGGACCCUCCUAUUCCACUGAUGUUGUGCUGUACGAUCAAGCUGCUGCAAGGCAAGCGAGGUACCACAGCAAGUCAGAUUUCACCUCUGCUACAGCCCUGAAGGAUCACCUGAAUCCAGGAGAUCUGAUUCAACAAAAAGGCGACACCAUCAAAGAAUGGUUUUACAGUCACUGGGCUGUUUACAUAGGAAAUGGUGAGAUCGUGCACGUGACGGGGGUUGAUGGAAGCUCUUCCAAAGCUGAUAUAAUACGAGAAAACAUGAUUCUUGCUUUUUGGGAUAAGAAUGUGAGAAAGAACAAUCACAUGGAUGACUCCUUUCUUCCUAGAGGUACGAGAGAAAUCGUACAAACAGCGAGGAGAAAGGUCGGCACCCCUUGGCGAUACAACCUAAUUUUCAAGAAUUGUGAGCAUUUCGCCUCUCUCUGCCGGUACGGUAGAGAAAUCAGCCUCCAGUCUUUCGGACUUUCCGAUGUCAAAUCGGGGAAUAUCACAUUUAAGGAAUAUCUUUGGUACCAUGGGAAGGCCUUGAAAGAAAAGUGUUCAACGUUCUGUAGUUGGAUCAAAAGAAAAGUUUCCAGGUUCUUGCCGGCUAUUGGUAUUGGCUCCUAUGAUGCAAUUGCCUAUUAA